AUGUGGGCAAUCUCUAGAUCUCUUCGCGAAGUCUAGAGAUCAAUAAAAUGGGUUGUUGAAUCGUCUCCGGCGGCUGUCACCUGGCGAAGCGGAAAAAUGGCGACUUUGCGGCUCUCCGACGGCUGUCACCCAACGGAGAGGAGCUGGAUGGAGGUGGGGCGCGUGUUAGGGAGCUUCAUCCUCAAGUCCGCACAGCAAGAGAAGGCUCUUCAUCACAUCUGGUACACUCUUAGGAGGUGACGGCUCGUCUCCCGGCAGAUCGUCCUCUUCCUGACGACGGCUUGUUUGUCGAUCAAUCGGAGAUGUUUUACUCGAUGGAUUCGCGGUCCUUUUAUCGCGAAUCGUUAAGUAAUUUUAGUAACAAUGCUCCGCAAAUCGUGCUAACGAGAUUUUUGCCAAUGAUCCAGCGAUUAUGGUUGCUUAAUCCUUCACCAGCGAUUUGCAGGAAAGUUGCGAUAAUCAGAUAAAAAAAAAAGAGUUUUGGCUCUAGGAGGAUUCGAACCCGUGCCGGUUGCCUGCCCUUUAUGGGGAAGGUGACGUGGGUUUAGUCCCACAUCGGUUGUGCACUGAAAUUUCUAGCGAAUAUAAACUAAUAUUACAUUCCCGAUCAUGUCCCUUUCUCACGUGUGUACGACCACUCCUUGCCCCACAGCCGACUGGCCACCGGUGAUGUGGAAGGGGAGUGGCGCACACAUGCCCCCAUCAGUUCAAGCCGCUCGAGCCCCUACUCGCAGCUACUUCUCGACUGCGCUUCCGACUUGCUCGCGGGCGCCGGCUGGCUGGCGGGUCUCCCCAUUUUGCAAUUUUUUUUUUUUCUUUCUUUUUCUUCAUUUAUCUCAAAAGUAAGACUGUAAAAAUCAUAUAAAUUCGUAUAAAAUCACAUAAUUACCCAAAAAUCACAUUAAUCAACUGAAAACCACUUUUUACACUUUAACACAAAUAUAAGUCUAUUUAUCAUGAGUUAAGACUAAAACUAUAUUAUUUACAAAUUAUUAACUCAUGAUAAUGAAGACUUAUCACACCCCCCAACUUAAAUCAUUGCUAGUCCCUUAGCAAUGGAAUUACGAAAAUAAAAAUUUACAAAUCUCAAAAAUUAUAUUUCAAUACAUAAAAAAAAAUACAAUUAGAAAUGAUGCACCUUUAGACACUUUGGACUCUUAUAUCAAAUAUUUAAGAAUGAUGUCAAGCACUUAAAUGUUUAAACACUCCUUGGAAUAACAAUCUAGACUUCACUUCUUCUAUUCACAUCUUUAUCAUGUCUUCACUCAUAGAUAGAUUUACAAAAUGUUCCAAUUAUCAAUAAUCAUCUAAGAAUAAUAUUGAUCCUACAUUUCCCUUUUUCCAUGGCUUGAUUUUUGAAGUGUGCACUAUAUUUCUUCCUCUUUUUUUUUAUAUAUAUAGUGGAUAAGUAGCUUUUACUGUAGACAAAUUUCGACAAUAAGAAUGAUGUCUCACACCCUCCAUAUGUACUCUUCAUUUUCAAGGCUUUCACUUUAUCCACUUAUUUUGCAGCAAAUGUUUUUCUAUACACGAUUUUCGACAAUGAGAAUGAUGUCUCACACCCUCUAUGUGUACUCUUCGUUUCUAGAUUUUUCACAUUUCUCUCUCUCUUUUUUUUUUAAAUAAGUGAUUUCUCCUCACAAGUCCUAUAGAUCUGGGUGCAAAAAUCUCUAUUAAACUCAAAUGAUCAAUCAAAUUUUCACAUCAAGUAAAUACUAUCCAUCAAGAUCAUGAAGUGAAAAUUUGUAAAAUCAAAUCUAUGCUAUCUAUCAUGUAUCCAAGGAGUAUUCCAAUAUUUCAUGCUACUUGAUCAUUCUUUUGACUCAAUAAUAAUCUUCCUAGUAUCUUUUGGUAUCAAUCAAUCUAAUUGAUUUAAUUUUUCAUGCAUGCAAUAUGAUGUAAGAAAUUUAUAAAUUAGAUAGUUCUGACAGUUCUGUUUUCUAUUUUCAGUUCUAUUUUUAGCAACAAUAAAUUUGUCAAAAAUAAAUCAAAACUAUCCUCUUUAUAGCUGUAAUUUCGAAUUUCAGUAAUAUAUGUCUAGGGAAUUGAAAUGUGAGAAAAGGGUCUCUAGAAUUUCAAAUUUUGGGUUGUUUUUUGUCUAUUGUUUUUGACAGUCUCUUGUUCCUGACAGAAAACCAGAAAAUAGAUGUUGCAGUUUUCUAAAUUUUAUUUUAUUUUUUAGUUUUUCAGUUUCUGUUCUAAUGCAAACACAUGUUCUUAAUCAUCCUACAGCAUAAAUUAAUAAUGAAUACUUCACCCCCCAACUUAAAAAUGACAUUAUCCUCAAUGACACAAAAAAAUCGAAAUAGAAUAUAUAGAAAAUAUAAUUUUCAAGUGAAGCAUGCAUAUAUGCAAAGUUAAGCAUUAAAAAUAUUGUCAUAAAUGAUAAAGCUUAGAAAGACAUCACCUCAACCUCAUUUUUAAUUUUCCACUUCAUCUUACACUCUUCCUCCUACACUUUUUCGAAAAAAACAAAUACAGAAACAAGUACUGCAAAAUUUUAAGAAAAACAGAGCUUAAAAAAAAUUCAAAUAGAGUGAAAUAAAAACCAUGGGUUGCCUCCCAUGCAACACUGAAUUUCAUGUCUUCAGCUGGACAGAUCUUAGAUCAUAUAAGAUGAUCUAUGGCCAUCAAAAUAUAUUUGUAUCUAAUAAGUUUUCAUUAUCAUAGGUUAAUAAUUAGUAAAUAAUAUAGUUUUAGCCUUAACUCAUGAUAAAUAGACUUAUAUUUGUGUUAAAGUGUGAAAAGUGGUUUUCAGUUGAUUAAUGUGAUUUUUUUGGGUAAUUAUUUGAUUUUAUACGAAUUUAUAUGAUUUUUACAGUCUUACUUUUGAGAUAAAUGAAGAAAAAGAAAUAAAACUAAAAUAUUGCAAAAUUGGGGGGACCCGCCGGCCAGCCGGGCCCGCAAGCGGGUCGGAAGCUUAGUCGGGGAGUAUCCGCGAGCAGGGGCUCGAGCGGCUUGGACCGAUAGGGGCACGUGUGCGCCACUCCCCUUCCACGUCACCGGUGGCCAGCCGGCUGUGGGGCAAGGAGUGGUCGUACAUGCGAGAGAAGGGACUUUGCUUAGAAAGCUAACAUUACUUUAUAUUCGCCUGAAAAAUCGGCGCACAACCGAUGUGGGACUAAACCCGCGUCACACCUUCUUCAGAAGGGCGGACAACCGGCGCGGGUUCGAAUCCUCCCAGAGUCAAAAUUCAUAUAUUUUUAUCUGAUUAUCGCGACUUUCCUGCAGAUCGCCGGUGAAGGAUUAAGCAACCAGAAUCGCUGGAUCAUCGGCGAAAAUCUCGUCAACGCGAUUCGCAGAGCAUUGCUACUAAAGUUGCUGAACGAUUCGCGAUAAAAGGAUCGCGAAUCCAUCGAGUAAAUCAUCUCCGAUUGAUCGACGAACAAGCCGUCGUCGGGAAGAGGACGAUCCGCCGGGAGACGAGUCGCCACCUCUUGAGAGCGUACCAGAUGCGAUGAAGAGCCUCCUCUUGCUGCGCGGACCUGAGGAUGAAGCUCCUUGACACGCGCCCCACCUCCAUCUAGCUCCUCUCCGUCGGGUGACAGCCGCAAAAGACUGCAAAGUCGCCAUUUUUCCGCUCCGCCGGGUGACAGCCGCCGGAGACGACUCAGCGACCCAUUUCAUUAAUUUCUAGACUUCACGAGAAGAUCUAGAGAUUGCCCACGUCGUCUUUGUCCAAGGAGAGCCUUCGAGGUUGUGGACACUGCACGACGAUCCUCCCGAACGCUCAGGAUUCCGGUGCAUCGCCGACGCAUCGCCGUCGCGACGCCGGAAUUCUGUUUUCCUGCUUUCAAACUUACUUUACUCUUCAUUUAGUGAUACUUUUUGUGAUUUUAAUUUACCAAAAUAUACUUUGUUCUAUUACGAUUCUUCCGGCUUUUACAGAUCUUAAUUUGAUUAACUAAAUCGUCUAUAAUCGCUUUCGUAAGAAUCGCCAGGCGGAACUCUGUUUCCGCCCGAUCCGCGUUCGCCAGGCGCUGAUGUCAUCUUGACGUCCGCACCCUUAUUUCCUUCUUUUUCGUAAAUUUUAAAUAUAUUUCCUUUUCAUUUCCUAGUAUAAAAUUCAUAAAAAAUCGUAUUUAUUGAGAAAAAUUCUGAAUAAUUACCAGAUAUUAUAUUACAUUUCUGUGAUCAACCUGGAAAAUUACCGCUAUUUUUGGAAGUUUUUUUGAAUUAUAAUUGAUAUAUUUUUUCAGAAAUACUUCUAAAUAUCUGAAAAUUCGUAUUUUCUAGUUUUAUAAAUUUUAGAUUUGCGUGAUUUAAUAUACAACGACUGAGUCACGUCAGUAUCCCAAUGUAAGUUUCAUGAUAUUCUUUUUCAGAUUUAGUAUAAAUUCAUAUACUUCAUAUAUAUACCUUGACAUACUUUCAGUCAAAACAAAAUGGAAAUUAACAAAAGUUUCCCAAAAAUAAUAUUUUCAUUUUGAAAAGAAUUUUUCCUCAUUUCUAUCUUAUUUUUUAAAGCUCUCAUUCAUUAAUAAAUACAUUCUAUUAAUAGACCAUAAAAUGUGAUCAAGCCAUAUAAUUUUCAAAUUAGCUCUUACCCAAUCUAGAAUUUUUUCAUCUAAAUUGAUAUUUCUAAUUCUUCUAUUCAUCUAUUUCUUAAUAUCUUCUUUUAUCUGCAUAAUCUUCCCUUGCUCCAUUUUAUCUGCCAUACAUAUUUGUUCAAUUUGCGAGGAGUGAAAUAUUCCAAGCUUAGAAGUAAUUCUAAUGGGCUGUGGGUUUUGAAGGAUUGAAGGAUUGUCUUCUUUAAUCUCAGAUCUAAUGAAUUCAGUAAAAUUCAAAUUUUCUCCUCUAAAAUUAUCUCUAUAUUCAUAUCCAUUAUUUUUGUUUCUCCCCAUUAGUUGAAUCAACUCUUUUUCUAGCUUUUCGUUUCUCAACUCAUCAAAUUCUUCAUUUUUCCAAGAGCUAUCUUUUAAUUUUGAUAUAUGAUAUACAUCAUCAUCCUCACUAUCAAUAUCUAUGGCUGCAAAAUUAUGAUUAUAUUUAUUAAUUUCGUCUCCUACAUCUCCCAAAUCAACUGAUUUUUCCUCACUUGAAAUAUGUUUUUCUUCAUUUGUGUCCUUACUCCCUUCUACUAAAAUUUGGAUGAUUUUUCCAUGAUCAGCUGUUGUUUCUUCAUCUAAGGGCUCUUUCUCCUCAUCAUCCUCACUAUAUUCAUUCAUCAAUUGUGCGCAAUAAAUGAUUUUAUUCAAAUUUUCUGCUACUAUAUUUUCGGCCUUAAUAUUCUCAUUUACUUCUAAUGGCUCAUCAAUUUCUUCUAAUAAUUAGAAAUAAGGAUUAGGUAAAAUAUUCUCACUUAAUGUAUUCACUAUCCUAACAUUUUCAUUUCGUGCGUUUUUUUUAAAUUUAUCUAACUAGACUUUUCUUACUGAAAUCCUACUAUUAGAUAGUUUCCUGAAUUUUCUAUGAGUUGACUAGGUGGUUGUCCCUCUUCUCUGCUAUUCUCAAAAGUCUCUACAAUUUGUUUUUGGUGCAACAUUAUUUUAUUCAUAGUUUGUUGCAUCAUUUGGCUCAUUUGCUGCAUCAUUUUUAUAGCAUCAGGUUGGAUUUGAGAGGACUGAUUUUUCUGAAAUCUAUGUUCCUGUUUUGGACGAAAUUCAAAAUUUGAAUUGGAUCUAAGUGCUUCUGGAUUUUGAAUAUUAUUUGGGUUUCUCCACGAAAAAUUAUUCUCCCCCAAUUAGGAUUAUAAGAAUUAAAAAAAUAUUUCCUAUUUUUACUAAAAUCGUGGGGUACCUACACUUGUUCUUGUCUAGGAUGAUAUUGAAAUUCGAAAUGAUCAUUUUCACCAUACAUAGGACAUGUACUAUUUACAUUAAAUUGAGGGUUAAGAGGCUUUCUAAUAUUGUCAAUAAGUAAAUCAAGUUAUUCUAAUAUUUGAUUAAUCUAAUUAACCUCAUUUCUAAAUUUAGAAUCAUUAUCAUGAUGCGAUUCAUAAAUUCUUCUCUUCUUAUCUCUGUCAUAUAAUUCAAAAGAGGCUUGAUCUCUAGAAUUUUCACUUAAAUUCUCAUAAAGACUAUAAAUCUCAUCAGGGGUUUUCUCCAUCAAAGCUCCUCCACAUAUAGAAUCAACCAUAUUUUUAUGUUGUUCUAAUAAUCCAUCAUAAAAAAUUCUAUUGAGCUGCCACUUGGGUAUAGCAUGAUGAGGACACUUUCAAGUAAAUCUUUGAAUGUUUCCCAUGUCACAUGUAAAGUUUCUCCUAGUCUUUGAGAAAAAUUCUAUAUAUGUUUUCUCAUAUUUUGAGUUUUUCCUAAGGGAUAAAAUUUUCGAAGAAAGGCCUAUUCUAUAUCUUUCUAGCUAGUUAAUUAUCUAUCUAAUAUGGAUAGUUAAUGGCUAACUUUGUCCCUAAGUAUAUGAGGAAAUAAUUUCAUCUUAAUAAUUUCCGAUGUAACUUGAGGGAGAUUUACUAAAUCACAUACCAUAUAAAAUUUUUCUAAGUGCUGAUGAGUUUCUCUAAAGGCAAUCCAUGAAAAUUAGGGAGCAUUUGAAAAAAAAUUGGAUUUAUUUCGAAUUUAAUAGUUGGUGCUAAUGGGACUCUAAUAUUAGAUGCUCUUUGAAAUGAAUAAGGGAUAUAAUGAUUUUUCAUGGCCAUAGGAUUGCUCUCAGUUUGACCUGUACUUCAAGAUCCAUCAAAAAUCAUUUUUCUUUUGGAUUUUUAGUUUUGAAAGAAAUAAUGAAAGGAUUUUCUAGCCUUAGAUGCAAGGAUCUUCUACCAUGCAUAAAAAAAUCGGUAAAUUCGAGGGAAAAGUUUAGUAAUUGUUACCCUCCUUCAGCAUGCUCCAAUCCUUGCCUUGCCCUUUUGGUUCCCUUUUUCUAAAAAAAAUUUCGGCAAGAAGAAAAUAAAACAAGAGUUAAUUUUUUUUGUGUACUCUAAGAGAAAAAUAGAAAAACACUAAAUACUAUGCAAUACAUCCCUGACAACGGCACCAAAAGUUGACGUGACUUAGUCAUUGUACAUUAAAUCAUGCAAAUUUAAAAUUUAUAAAACUAGAAAAUACGAAUUUUCAGAUAUUUAGAAGUAUUUCUGAAAAAAUAUAUCAACUAUAAUUCAAUAAAACUUCCAAAAAUAACACUAAUUUUCCAGGUCGAUCACAGGGAUAUAAUAUAAUAUCUGGGAAUUAUUCAGAAUUUUCUAAAAAGAAUACUAUUUUCUAUGAAUUUUAAACUAAGAAAUGAAAAGAAAAUAUAUUUAAAAUUCACAAAAAAGAGAAAUAAGGGUGCGGAUGUUAGGAUGACGUCAGCACGCGGCGAACGCGAAUCCAGCAGAAACAGAGUUCCACCCGGUGAUUCUUACGUAAGCGAUUACAGACGAUGUAAUUGAUCAAAUUAAGAUCUAUAAAAGCCAGAAGAAUCGUAAUGGAAUGAAGUAAAUCUUGGUAAAUUUAAAAUCAACAAAUUAUCACUAAAUGAAACGAAAAUUAAGUUGAAAGCAGGAAAACAGAGUUCCGACGUCGCGGUGGCGAUGCGUCGGCGAUGCACUAAAAUCCUGAGCAUUUAGGAGGAUCAUCGUGUGGUGUCCACAGCCUCGAAGGCUCUCCUUGGACAAGGAUGACGUGGGCAAUCUCUAGAUCUCCUUGCGAAGUCUAGAGAUUAAUGAAAUGGGUCGUCGAGUCGUCUCCGGCGGCUGUCACUCGGCGGAGUGGAAAAACGGCGACUUUGUGGCUCUCCGGCGGCUGUCACCCAACAGAGAGGAGCUGGAUGGAGGUGGGGCACGUGUCAGGGAGCUUCAUCCUCAAGUCCACGCAGCAAGAGGAGGCUCUUCAUCGCAUCUAGUAUACUCUUAGGAGGUAGCGACUCGUCUCUUGGCGGAUCGUCCUCUUCCCGACGACGACUUGUUCGUCGAUCAAUCGGAGAUGCUUUACUCGAUGGAUUCGAAAUCCUUUUAUCACGAAUCGUUCGAAAAUUUUAGUAACAAUGCUCCGUGAAUCGCGUUGAUGAGAUUUUCGUCGAUGAUCCAGCGAUUCUGGUUGCUUAAUCCUUCACCAGUGAUCUGCAGGAAAGUUGCGAUAAUCAGUAAAAAAAAAUAUGAGUUUUGGCUCAGGAGGAUUCGAACCCCCGCCGGUUGCCCACCCUUUCUGGGAAAGGUGACGCGGGUUUAGUCCCACAUCAGUUGUGCGCCGACGUUUCUGGUGAAUAUAAAGUAAUAUUACAUUUCCGAUCAAGUCCUUUUCUGGCACGUGUACGACCACUCCUUGCCCCACAGCUAGCUGGGCACCGGUGACGUGGAAGGAGAGUGGCGCACACGUGCCCCCAUCGGUUCAAGUUGCUCGAGCCCCUGCUCGCGGCUCCUGCCCGACUACGCUUCCGACCCACUUGUGGGCCCAGCUGGCCGGUGCCCCCCCCCCCAUUUAGUCAUAUUUUUAUUUUUAUUUCUUUUUCUUCGUUUAUCUCAAAAGUAAGACUGUAAAAAUCGUAUAAAAUCACAUAAUUACCCAAAAAUUCACGUUAAUCAAUUGAAAACCACUUUUCACACUUUAACACAAAUAGAAGUCUAUUUAUCAUGAGUUAAGGCUAAAACUAUAUUAUUUACUAAUUAUUAACUCAUGAUAAUGAAGACUUAUCACAGACAAAGCACAUCGAGAUUAACUACCACUACAUCUAGGAAAAGGUAAUGUCAAGUGUUAUCUUUACUCUGUACAUUAUCUUAUCUCAUUAGCUUGCAAACGUCUUCACCAAGAGUCUUGUGGGGAUCUUAGAUAAUACAUAAAUAAUGCAUUAUAUAUAUGAUAUGUUGCAUUAAAGCUCAUGAUCUUAAGAUGUAAAUUUAUUGAUUUACUAAUGAAUUCUCAUAUUUAGGGCACGUAUUGACAUUCAUACACAUCUUACAUAUUUCAUUUGUUUCUCAUUAGAUUAUACAUUUUUAGAUACUUGAUGUACAUUGUGUGAGAACAUGAUGUAAUUUUUUGUCUUCUAACCAUGUGAGCUUCAUAUGCUAAGCAUUAACUUUCAGCUUAUUAAGGAGCAAAGAUCACACUUGGUCAUUGAGUGAAGAAUUAUGAGUUUAAGACUCAUAAUCACAUAAUGAGAAGCAAGUAAAGUGGGCUCAAAUGAAGAGUUGUGGGCAUAAGGCCCAUAUUCACUUAGAGGAUGUCAUCCAAAGAGAGAGGAGGAUCCAUUGCCCACUUAAGUGGAAGGGAGUAUUGAUCCAAUGGCUGAGAUGUAUACUUGGCACACGAUAAGACACAAAAGAGGAUCCACUAUCUACACAAGAAGGGAGUGGCUUAGUCAUUGAUUUAAGGAUUAAUCGCAUUGUAAAAAUUAGAGAGAGAAAGAAGGGCAUCGUCGUAUACAUACCAUGUAUCAACGAUGAAAAACGGAACUUAUCUUAGUGAAAGUUCAAGUGAUUGUUGUCCUAGUAGGGUUUGGAGGGUCCCAAGCUCUAUUCCUCGCAAUCGGAGGUGUGUCAUAUAUUCAUCAUCAGAUGAUUCACCUUGAACAAGAUUCUCUCCCAUGGCUAGCAGCUAUCGCCUCCUCUUGGUGGAAAUAAGGAAGGAGGGUGGUGAUAAUUGAUAAGUCUUCAUUAUCAUGAGUUAAUAAUUAGUAAAUAAUAUAGUUUUAGUCUUAACUCAUGAUAAAUAGACUUAUAUUUGUGUUAAAGUGUGAAAAGUGGCUUUUAGUUGAUUAACGUGAAUUUUUGGGUAAUUAUGUGAUUUUAUACAAUUUUAUAUGAUUUUUACAAUCUUACUUUUGAGAUAAAUGAAGGAAAAGAAAUUAAAAUAAAAAUAGCAAAAUGGGGGGGACCCGCUGGCCAGCCGGGCCUACAAGUGGGUCGGAAGUGCAGUCAGGCAGGAGUCGUGAGCAGGGGCUCGAGCGGCUUGAACCGAUGGGGGCACGUGUGUGCGACUCCCCUUCCACGUCACUAGUGGUCAGCCGGCUAUGGGGCAAGGAGUGGUCGUACAUGCGCGAGAAAGGGACUUGAUCGGAAAUGUAAUAUUCUUAUAUAUUCGCCAAAAACUUCGGCCCACAAACGAUGUGGGACUAAACCCGCGUCACCUUCCCUAGAACGGGCAGGCAACCAGCACAGGUUCGAAGCCUCCUAGAGCCAAAACUCAUUUUUUUUUAUCUGAUUAUCGCAACUUUCCUGCAAAUUGCCGGUGAAGGAUUAGGCAACCAAAAUCGCUGGAUCAUCGGCGAAAAUCUCAUCAACGUGAUUCGUGGAGCAUUGUUACUAAAAUUUCCAAAUGAUUCGUAAUAAAAGGAUUCCGAAUCCAUUAAGUAAAGCAUCUCCAAUUGAUCAACGAACAAGGCGUCGUCGGGAAGAGGAUGAUCCGUCGGGAGACGAGUCGCCACCUCCUGAGAGUGUACCAGAUGCGAUGAAGAGCCUCCUCUUGCUGUGCGGACCUGAGGAUGAAGCUCCCUGACACGCACCCCACCUCCAUGCAGCUCCUCUCCGCUAGGUGACAGCCGCUGGAGAGCCGCAAAGUCGCCGUUUUUCCGCUCCGCCGGGUGACAGCCGCCGAAGACGAUUCAAUGACCUAUUUCAUUGAUCUCUAGACUUCGCAAGGAGAUCUAGAGAUUACCCACGUUGUCUUUGUCCAAGGAGAGUCUUUAAGGUUGUGGACAUUGCACGACGAUCCUCCCGAAUGCUCAGGAUUCCGGUGCAUCGCCGACACAUCACUGCCGCGACACUGAAACUCUAUUUUCCUGCUUUCAACUUACUUUAUGCUUCAUUUAGUGAUAAUUUAUGUGAUUUUAGUUUUACCAAAAUAUACUUCGUUCAAUUACGAUUCUUCCGACUUUUACAGAUCUUAAUUUGAUCAAUUAAAUCCUCUAUAAUCGCUUAAGUAAGAAUCGUCGGGUGGAACUCUGUUUCUGCCUGAUUCGCAUUCUCAGGGUGCCGACGUCAUCUUGACGUCCGCACCCUUAUUUUCCUUUUUCGUGAAUUUUAAAUAUAUUUCAUUUUCAUUUCUUAGUAUAAAAUUCAUAUAAAAUAGUAUUCUUUGAGGAAAAUUCUGAAUAACUACCAAAUAUUAUAUUACAUCCUUGUGAUCGACCUGGAAAAUUAGUACUAUUUUUGUAAGUUUUAUUGGAUUAUAAUUGAUAUAUUUUUUUUAAAAUACUUCUAAAUAUCUGAAAAUUCAUAUUUUCUAGUUUUAUAAAUUUUAUAUUUACAUGAUUUAAUAUACAAUGACUAAGUCACGUCAACUAGUAUAGAAGUAAGUCUUUAGUCAAACACACGGAGAUUGAUUAAUCUAUCGUAAAAACUAAUUUAGUUUUUAUAUAAAGUGAUUUUAAUAUUUUAAUAAUAUUUAAUAGAAAUAAUAAAAUAGAAUGGUGAGGUGUGAAGAAUAAAGGAAGGGAAGCGGAGAAAAGAAAGGAGGAAAUGGAAGAGAAGAGAGCUCUCACAAGAGAGAUAAGGGAUGAGAUUUCUUGUGAAAGGGAGAGAAAGAGAGUGGAGGAGAGAAAGCUCUCACGAGAGAGAUAAGGAAUGAGAUCUCUCGCGAAAAUGAGAGAAUGAGAGAAUGAGAGAAAGAGAGAAGAGGAGAGAAAGCUCACACGAGAGAGAGAAGCGAUGAGAUCUCUCACAAAAGAGAGAAAGAGAGAGAUCUCAUGAGAAAUGGAGAGAGAAGAGAGGUCUCAUGAGAGAGGGAGAGAGAUAAAUAAGACGAAAUUGAAGAAAAAGAGAAAUACAGUCAACCCAUUUUCUUGGACGAAUGUGUGCUCAAAGAUUCACACACAUGACAUGAGGUCAGCCAUGAAUGUCUCUAGUUUAUUUUAACAGUUGAAUACUCAUUAAUCAGCCUUUAAUCUCGGUGAUUUCACGUUCAAAAAUAGAAAAAUUCUCAUUUUUUGUGGAACACCAGGGAUAUGAAUACAGUGAGAUUCGAUUGUGAAAAUCAAUAAAAAACAAGUUGAAAACAAUCUUAACUUGAUCUCAGACGAGUUUUAGAGGAUUCAGAAGAAGAAUGAAGAUCAUUCAUGAAGUUUGAAUUAGUUCUACUUAUUUCAAUCAAAACAUGCAUGAAACGGAAAUAACUUGUCGUAAAAUAUAAAUAAAUGAUAAACGCAAGUAAGUAAAUACUAAAAAUAGGAAGUUAACUGAAGUGACUCAGUCGUUGUAUAUUAAAUCAUGCAAAUAUAAAAUUUAUAAAACUAGAAAAUACGAAUUUUCAAAUAUUUAGAAGUAUUUCUGAACAAAUAUAUGUAAUAUAAUAUCUGGUAAUUACUCAAAAAUUUUCUCAAUGAAUACGAUUUUCUAUGAAUUUUAUACUAAGAAAUGAAAAGGAAAUAUAUUUAAAAUUCAUGAAACAAGGAAAUAAGGGAGCGGGCGUCAGGAUGACGUCAGCACCCGGCGAACGCAAAUCGGGCAGAAACAAAGUUACGCCCGACGAUUCUUACGUAAGCGAUUAUAGACGAUUUAAUUGAUCAAAUUAAGAUCUGUAAAAGACGGAAGAAUCGUAAUGAAAUGAAGUAUAUGUUGGUAAAUUUGAAAUCAACAAAUUAUCACUAAAUGAAACGGAAAUUAAGUUGAAAGCAGGAAAACAGAGUUCCGGCGUCGCAACGGCGAUGCGUCGGAGAUGCACCGGAAUCCUGAGUGUUCGGGAGGAUCGUCGUGCAGUGUCCACGGCCUCGAAGGCUCUCCUUGGACAAAGAUGACGUGGGCAAUCUCUAGAUCUUCUCGCGAAGUUUAGAGAUUAAUGAAAUGGGUCGUCGAGUCAUCUCCGGCGGCUGUCACCCGGCGAAGCAGAAAAACAGUGACUUUGCAGCUCUCCGGCGGCUGUCACCCGACGGAGAGGAGCUGGAUGGAGGUGGGGCGCGUGUCAGGGAGCUUCAUCCUCAGGUCCGCGCAGCAAGAGGAGGCUCUUCAUCGCAUCUGGUACACUCUCAAGAGGUGGCGACUCGUCUCCCAGCAGAUCAUCCUCUUCCCGACGACGGCUUGUUCGUCGAUCAAUCGGAGAUGAUUUACUCGAUGGAUUCGCGAUCCUUUUAUCGCAAAUCAUUCAGCAAUUUUAGUAGCAAUGCUCCACGAAUCGCGUUGACGAGAUUUUCGCCGAUGAUCCAACGAUUCUCGUUGCUUAAUCCUUCACCGGCAAUCUGCAGGAAAGUCGUGAUAAUCAGAUAAAAAUAUAUGAAUUUUGACUUUGGGAGGAUUCGAACCCGCGCCGGUUGUCCGCCCCUUCUGAGGAAGGUGUGAUGCGGGUUUAGUCCCACAUCGGUUGUGCACCAAUUUUUCGGGCGAAUAUAUAGUAAUGUUAGCUUUCUAAGCAAAGUUCCUUCUCUCCCGUGUACGACCACUCCUUGCCCCACAGUCGGCUGGCCACCGGAGACGUGGAAGGGGAGUGGCGCACAUGUGCCCCUAUCGGUCCAAGCCGCUCAAGCCCCUACUCGUGGCUACUCCCCGACUAAGCUUCCGACCCACUUGUGGGCCCAGCUGGCCGGUGGGUCCCUCCCUCAUUUUGUCUUAUUUUUAUUUCUUUUUGUUCAUUUAUCUCAAAAGUAAGACUGUAAAACUCAUAUAAAUUCAUGUAAAAUCACAUAAUUAUCUAAAAAUUCACAUUAAUCAAUUGAAAACCACUUUUCACACUUUAACACAAAUAUAAGUCUAUUUAUCAUGAGUUAAGGCUAAAACUAUAUUAUUUACUAAUUAUUAACUCAUGAUAAUGUAGACUUAUCAUUAACUGUUGCCCAAGUUUAGUCUACCUUUUGGGCAAUUGGAGACACUAGUGUGGUGGCUUGAUUUCGUUUGGACAUGCCACACAAUGCCAGAAGUCACAGAAGUAUUAUCUGAAAGCAUUGCACUGCUUGCCGAAGAAUAUCCACCAAAAGAGCGGUUGACCACAUUGUCACUAUCAUUUGGGGGGAGAAGGGAAGAGUUGACCACUUGCCGGAGGACUUGAAUAUAGUCGAGGGAAGAAGGAAUGAGUUUGUCGAUCGCUAGAGAUGUCGAUCGCUCAAAAGGAGGGAAGAAUGGAUUGUAAUAUUCACGACUACUAUCGGGAUUUUAGAGAUAAUCGAUAAUGUCUAUUUCAUCAGACAAUAAUCAAUUAUUGUCUUUAUAUCCCUAACGAUGAUAUAUGCGAGAACUUAAGUUCUCAAUAUCGUGGUGCUUCGAGAGCCACUAGAUGAGAUAUGGUUCGUCACGUGGUGCACUGAGCGAUGCAAGAUCAACCCACCACGAACCGCUGCCAUGCGUGAUGAGCGGCGUUGGAUUCACAUAUCAUCGAUAGAUCGCUUUACACAUCUAGUAUCGUGGCAGUUCGCCAGCCGCAAGAUCUGGCUAAUUUGAUGACGUGGUUUGCUGCAUACCAUUGGAUCACACUACACUCUAGAUGGUUGCGCUGAAAUAGAUGAAAAUAUUUAGUCUCACAUUGGAAAUAUUUCGGAUGCAUGUGCCAAAUAUAAACCAAAGCUACAUUCUCUCAUCAGAGAUCCCUUCUCUUGAAAUAAAAUAAUGCCUAAGACCAUCUUGGGAGAAGGCAAAAAAGUGGUAUGCCCUUGUGCACGCGCACAUGUCUAUGGACACUCCUCUCAUGCGCACACGUGUGUACAGACACUCCUCUCGUGCGCACACGUGUCCCACAACCAGUUGGCCACCAAGACGUGGAAGGGGAGUGACACAUAAAUGCGCGGAGUGAGGCCUUCACCACUUAAGCCCAGCUUGUGGCUCCCCUAGUCUGGGUCUACCUAUUCAACUAUUGCUAAAUGCUAGCUUGCUAGCGGCUAGAAGAUUUUUUAUAUUUUAUUUUUUUUAUUUAAAUAAUUUAAAAUUACAUAGUAUGUUAAUGAUGUGACUCAAUUAUUGUAUAGUAAAUCACACAAAUUUAAAAUUUAUAAAACUAGAAAAUACGAUUUUUUAGAUAUUUAGAAAUAUUUCUGAACAAAUAUAUCAAGUAUAAUUCAAUAAAACUUCAAAAAAUAGCGGUAAUUUUCCAAGUCGAUCACAGGGAUGUAAUAUAAUAUCUGGUAAUUAUUCAGAAUUUUCUGAAAAGAAUACUAUUUUCUAUGAAUUUUAUACUAAGAAAUGAAAAGGAAAUAUAUUUAAAAUUCACGAAAAAGGGAAAUAAGGGUGCGGACGUCAGGAUGACAUCAACACCCGGCAAAUGCAAAUUUGGCGGAAACAAAGUUCCGCCUGACAAUUCUUACGUAAGUGAUUACAGACGAUCUAAUUGAUCAAAUUAAGAUCUGUAAAAGCCGAAAUAAUCAUAAUAGAAUGAAGUAUAUCUUGGUAAAUUUAAAAUCAACAAAUUAUCACUAAAUGAAAUGGAAAUUAAGUAGAAAACAGGAAAACAGAGUUCCGACAUCACGGCAGCAAUGCGUCGGUGAUGCACUGGAAUCUUGAGCGUUCGGGAGGAUCGUCAUGGGGUAUCCACGGCCUCGAAGGCUCUCCUUGGACAACGACGACGUGGGCAAUCUCUAGAUCUCCUUGCGAAGUCUAGAGAUCAAUGAAAUGGGUCGUCGAAUUGUCUUCGGUGGCUGUCACCCGAAAGAGAGGAGCUGAAUGGAGGUGGGGCGUGUGUUAGGGAGCUUCAUCCUCAGGUCCGCACAGCAAGAGGAGGCUCUUCAUCGCAUCUGGUAUGCUCUCAAGAAGUGGCGACUCGUCUCCCGGCGGAUCGUCCUCUUCCCGACGAUGAUUUGUUCGUCAAUCAAUUGGAGAUGCUUUACUCAAUGGAUUCGCGAUCCUUUUAUCGCGAAUCGUUCAACAAUUUUAGUAACAAUGCUCCGCGAAUCGCGUUGAUGAGAUUUUCGCUGAUGAUCCAACGAUUCUGGUUGCUUAAUCCUUCAUCGGCGAUCUACAGGAAAGUUGCAAUAAUUAGUAAAAACAAAUAUGAAUUUUGGCUCUGGGAGGAUUCAAACCCGUGCCAGUUGCUUGCCCUUUCACUUGUGCGUCGAAUUUUCUAGCGAAUAUAUAUUAAUAUUACAUUUCUGAUCGUCCCUUUCUCACGCAUGUACGACCACUCCUUACCCCACAACCGGCUGCCCACCGAUGAUGUGGAAGGGGAGCGGCGCACACGUGCCCCUAUUGGUCCAGGCCGCUCAAGCCCCUGCUUGCGACUACUCCCCGACUGCGCUUCCGACUCACUUGCGGGCCCAGCUGGCCAGCAGACCCCCCCAUUUUGUUUUAUGUUUAUUUUAAUUUCCUUUCCUUCAUUUAUCUCAAAAGUAAGACUGUAAAAAUUGUAUAAAAUCACAUAAUUACCCAAAAAUUCACGUUAAUCAACUCAAAAUCACUUUUCACACUUUAACAUAAAUAUAAGUCUAUUUAUCAUGAGUUAAGGCUAAAAAUAUAUUAUUUACUAAUUAUUAACUCAUGAUAAUGAAGACUUAUCAGUUAACUUCUAACUUUUAAAAUGAACAAUAUAUCUUUUUUUUUUUGCAAGUUAACAAAAUAAAAUCAAAUAAUAAAACUAAUUGAAACACAUAAAUCUAGCUUUAAUAGUGAGCUCUUAUUAUGAGUUGAAAGUAAUAGAAGUCCUAGCCUUCAGCCCAAUAAAAAACCUAAGUCUUAUGGAGAGGCCCAACCUAAUAUGCUUAAGGGCCCAAGAGAGAUCAUCACUAUGACCUAGCCCAUUUAAACCUAAAAGGAAUAUCAAGAGAUGAGAUCUAGGCUGCCCAUCUUAUGGCACCUUAAGAUAAGAUUAAGAAGAUGAUUAAAGGGUCGUCCUCAUGGAAGAAUCUGGAUUGCUUACCAAAAGAGUUAAUUAUUAAUCAUAAUUGUCUAUUGAAGGGGCCUAAUUCUCAAAAAGAUUAAAGCAUCUCAUCCCUCUUUUGGAGGGUGCUUGAUGAACUCGAAUUGAGGUUAACUACGUCGUUGUGAUGCAACCAAGUUCAUGUAAAUAAUAUUUAUAAAACCUCACUCUUCUAUUUAGGAUAAGAGUUGAUCCUUAAGAAGUGUGAGUAAUGAGAGUACGAAUUCUACUUAUUUUAUUUCUUAUAUAUAUAUAUAUAUAUAUGUGAGAUUGUGAAAGAUAGAAUUAAAUGUAAAAGGGUGAAGACAAGAGUUGUGAAAAGUGUGACAAAGGAGAGAGAAUGAAUCUAACGUAAUGGAAUGAUGGAAUAAAGGAUAAAACUAAUUUGAAUUACAAGUUAAUCUAUCCAUAGACAGGAUUACAAGGAUGUCCCAAAUCUGGAUCUUGUACAAACCCCGUUGUGCGUUAGUCCUAAGCUGAGUGAUGUUCGAUCCGUGACGAUCUUGAUGUGCUCUAGGUAAUCUUUUUUCAACAGUGAUCUUUGGCACGAGAAUGCCGUUAAUCAGGCCUUGAUUUCCCUCCUAUUUUCCCUUGACUAGCCACUACUAGAGAGAGAGCCCAAAAAGUGCCUUCCAAGAGGGGGGCAAGAUGCCUUAAUCCUCUCGAGAGUUAAGCCCCUCUAAUGGACAGUUAAGAUUAAUAACCAACUCUCUUGGUGGACAGCUCAGAUCAUUCUAUGAGGGCGGCGCUCUAAUCUUUCUCCUAAUCUUAUUUUAGGGCAUCCUAAGAUAGACGACUGACAUGAUUUAGUCUUUGUAUAGUAAAUCACGUAAAUUUAAAAUUUAUAAAACUAGAAAAUACGAAUUUUUAGAUAUUUAGAAGUAUUUCUGAACAAAUAUAUCAAUUAUAAUUCAAUAAAACUUUCAAAAAUAGUGGUAAUUUUUCAAGUCGAUCACAAGGAUGUAAUAUAAUAUUAUUUAGUUAUUUAGAAUUUUUCUCAAAGAAUACUAUUUUCUAUAAAUUUUACACUAAGAAAUUAAAAUAAAAUAUAUUUAAAAUUCACAAAAAAUGAAAAUAAGGGUGCUGACGUCAAGAUGACGUCAACACAUGACAAAUGCAAAUCGGAUGAAAACAGAGUUCCACCCAGUGAUUCUUACAUAAGCGAUUACAAAUAAUUUAAUUGAUCAAAUUAAGAUCUGUAAAAGCCGAAAGAAUUGUAAUUGAAUGAAGUAUAUCUUGGUAAAUUUAAAUCACACAAAUUAUUACUAAAUGAAGUGGAAAUUAAGUUGAAAGCAGGAAAAUAGAGUUCUAGUGUCGCGGUGGCAAUGCAUCGGCGAUGUACCGAAAUCCUGAGUGUUCGGAAGGAUCGCGUGUAGUGUCCAUGGCCUCGAAGGCUCUCUUUGAAUAAGGACGAUGUGGGCAAUCUCUAGAUCUUCUUGUGAAGUCUAGAGAUCAAUGAAAUGGGUCAUUGAAUCGUCUCCAGCAGCUGUCACCCGAUGGAGUAGAAAAAUGACGACUUUGCGGCUCUCCGGCGGCUGUCACCCAACAGAGAGGAGCUGGAUGGAGGUAGGCCGCAUGUUAGGGAGCUUCAUCCUCAAGUCCGCGUAGUAAGAGGAGGCUCUUCAUCACAUCCGGUACUCUCUCAAGAGGUGAUGACUCGUCUCCUAGCAGAUCGUCCUCUUCUCGAUGACACCUUGUUCAUCGAUCAAUCGGAGAUGCUUUACUCGAUGGAUUCGCGAACCUUUUAUUACGAAUCAUUCAACAAUUUUAGUAACAAUGCUCCGUGA